CGAAAGGCACUCGGGUGAAUGUCUGCUGCAUGGAGAUAGUGAAUAUAAACCGGAAAGUGCAGACAAGUUGACGAGACGUUUAUAGGAAGCACAAUGCAAACAAUAUCCUUGUUUUGUGUGAAUCGAAACCAACAACGAAUUGUAUGCAAGGGUCACAAUGGUAGAUGACUCCAAACUGAACUUUGUGUCAAAAUGGCGGCUCACCGUUGACUACAACUACAAGUAACGUACACACUUGCCUGUUUUUGGAAAUGACAACAGUGUAGUUGUUGCAAGAGGCAUGAUGUCAGCUCGAUCGACAAGCAAACGGGCCAACGGGUUUAAAGUGUGUAUAAUUGGGAAUUCUACCGUUGGUAAAUCGUGUAUAGCAUCACGGCUGGUAAACGACGAGUUCAGCGACAAAACAAGUUUAACAAUAGGUAGUGCCUACAUGCUGAAGGAAUUGGUGGUUGAUGGGGAAAGUUACUAUCUCAAUAUUUGGGAUACAGCGGGACAAGAAAGGUUCCGAUCUUUAGCACCGUUGUACUACAGAGAUGCGUCCGCCAUUGUUCUAGUUUACGACAUUACAAAUGAAGAAAGUUUCGCCAGUCUACGAACAACAUGGUUUCCCGCCUUGCGUAGUUGUACCAAUGCAGAUAUUGUGUUAGCUGUAGUCGGUAAUAAACUUGAUCUUCACGAUAGAGAGCGUCUUAUUCAGACGGAGGAGGCAAGGGGGUAUGCUGAUAUUCUUGCAGCAUUGUUUGCGGAAACGAGCGCCAAAACUGGGGAGAAUGUGACACAAAUUUUUACAGAAAUAGUGAGAAGAGUCCGAGAAAAGAAAAAAGCAUCUUUGUUGACGGAAGAUAGACCGAUCAGUGUGCUUCGUCUAGAGGGUCGUACGGGGCUGACAUCUGAAACCCGGGGACCAGUGUCACCAUCGGGUAUCAGGCAAAAUGUUGAGGAAACUGCUUCAAAACACAAAUCUGGAUGUAGAUGCCAUACACAAUAAUCACCUGCUGCUUGGUAUAAGUUACUUGCUCUACUUCUAUCAUGGCAUUUGGCAAAGACUUGCGUUUAGUGGCUGCCUCAUCCUCAAAAUUGCAUUUGGGGGUGCACUCAUUGAGUUGCCGCCAUCACCUUUUCUCUUUCAAUCGCCGCUCUUCCCAGCUCUCCUAUACACUUCUAACCACUCCACUUUGUGACGAUGUCUAUCCAGCACAGCUUAGGGUGGCCUCUGCCUCGAAUUGUACCUGUACAAAGCAGAACUUCUUUAACUGCGCCGGCUACAGUUAUCGUAACAGUUAUCGUUUCUUUAUUCUACAACUUACUGCUGUUUAUCCUGUUUUGUUUUGUAUUUUUGAAUCGGGGCGAACCCGUCACAAACAAGCCUGGCUUUUAGGAUGAAGCCUCCAUAUGCAAAGGUGGAAAUAUAAAUGCUCUGUUAAAUUGAAAGAAGAAAAAUCAAAGCCGAAAAGGAAACUUUUGUAAAAACUAGAAUCACUAUUCGUAAGUAGGUCUAUCAAAUAGGAAGAAACUAUAAAUAAAUAGUAAACUGGCGGGCACAACCAGGUUUUCAGGUUUCCAGAGUUUUCUCGAUGACUUCAUUUUGGAGAGUAGUACUGAAACAAUGGUUUGAGUAUGAACUUCAUAGUCAGUUAUUUUUCCUCCUUAGAAAGCUCUUCUAAUCCUGACCUUUCACUGUCAAUGUUAUCAUCAUACUUUAAAUUCACUAAUCCAAUAUAAUGUUGUUGACUUUACUUUAUACAUUUUGUUUGGUUUUAAUAAUUUUUACUAAUUCAUGCAGUACUAAUGUUAAUAGUCUUUAUGUUGCAAAAGAAUUGCUGCCUAUAUACGCCCGGUUCAUACUUCCUACGAUUGCAAAUGCGGUGCGAAUUUGAAGUGAAUUUGACCGCACAACCUGCCGU